UCUGUGUCUGCUGCAGGUGAAGAGCGUGGCCGGUGCUUCACUAUCGAAUACGUCAUGCCCAUGAACAUCCAGCUGACGUCUGAAUCCACAGUCAACGUCCUGAAGAUGAUCCGCUCUGCCACCCCCUUCCCUCUGGUCAGCCUCUUCUUCAUGUUCAUCGGCUUCAUCCUGAGCAACAUCGGCCACAUUCGGCCUCACAGGACCAUCCUCGCCUUCGUCUCGGGGAUAUUCUUCAUCCUGUCGGGUCUGAGCCUGGUGGUGGGGCUGGUCCUCUACAUAUCCAGCAUUAACGACGAGAUGCUGAACAGGACCAAGGACUCGGAAACGUUCUUCAAUUACAAAUACGGAUGGUCGUUUGCCUUCUCUGCCAUCUCGUUCCUUCUCACGGAGAGUGCCGGGGUGAUGUCCGUUUACCUGUUCAUGAAGCGAUACACGGCCGAGGACAUCUACCGACCGCACCCCGGCUUCUACCGUCCCCGUCUGAGCAACUGCUCCGACUACUCGGGGCAGUUCUUGCACCCGGACGCGUGGGCGCGGGGACGCAGCCCUUCGGAUAUCUCCAGCGAGGCGUCCCUGCAGAUGAACAGUAACUACCCGGCUCUGCUCAAGUGCCCCGACUACGACCAGAUGUCCUCGUCCCCGUGCUGAGCCCCGCCACCCCUGCGCCCGC